GCAGUCUCGCUCCGGAUUGGUCGACAGUAGAUCCGCGGCAAAGCAUCUCAGACCACAGACCAGUUGAGCGCGAGGUCUCGCUUCGAGCGGUUGUGCGAAGGAGCUGUUACUGACGCCGUUUCAAUAUUUUGUGAAGUUAUCCCUUACGAUCAUAAAGAAAAUUAACAAAGGUUUUCUCGCGAGUUUUUGAGUUACGGUUGAAUAAGUGUGAAUGUUUGUUUUAGUUUUCUGUUUAUAAAACUUGGAACUAUUGUGAGAGGAAGAAGUUUCAGUUAUUCUUGAGUUAUGAGUUAUUGAACGUGAUUUUGAGAUAUUAAAAAUAGUGAUUAUAUUAUUUGUUUAUUACAAGUGGCUUUGGAUUUUUUUUAUUGCUGGAGUUGGGAGAGUUAUCAUCGGUGAAAACUGGUGAUGCCUACGCACAUUCCGAAUUCCUCAUCAAGCAGAGCAAAGUAGCGCCUUCAUCAAUGUAAACCCCGCCUUAAAAAACGCAAACCUCGAUAACCCACAGCCUCAUAAACUUUAAUUCCACAAUCAAUAACCCCCAUUCCCUCCACCUUAGGUGGUAUCCCAGUGAAAAAAAAAAUCACCAAUUAAACUUCUCCUUGUAACAAGUGAAUACGUACCCUGCAAAUAGGGUACGUUUAUAAAAUCGGACAUUGAACAGCAUCAAGAUAAAGUCACCGGCCUUGCCCCAACGGGAUGAGCAGGAUCGGGUACUGGGGUUAGUGGUGGACACCGGUGUAGGCGAGGCAGGGUCCAACGGCCGAGAAGGGGGCCCUGUACUUGGCCCCCCAACGGGCCAGUCAGAUGCUGUAGAACCACCAGUAUCUGCGGCAAACGUUGCCAAUGCUGUUCCCCUGGCUUGCAAUACUCCUAACAAAUUCAACGAAAGAUCACCAUUGAACAUUAGUGUCAAUCCACGAGUUAUCGAAUCAUCUGAAUAUCAACCAAUUACACAUAUUCAUCCCAGUGAACAAAGCCUAGAAGCUGUGAUCAAUCGUUCUAGUGUCCAACAGUUUAACGGACAAUUGAAUAUUUGCACCAGAGUGAUUGUUCCAUCUCAGAACAUUGAUCGUGUUACAAACAUCAGCGAUAACAAACGCUCCCGAAAAUUCGUGGAAAUACUCGAGGGAUCUAACGAGAAGGUCAAGAGUGUAAACGAGAAGCUACUCGCUAUGGCACGUGCCAUGACACCAAGGUGGUCGAUGCGCCUGUUGGGCAUCAGUUGUGGUUCGGUGGUUUGCGCCUGGGGACUGCUACUUGUACUGUCUGUGCUUGGUGGUGCUUCACCCAGCACUGAUUUAGGGGAUUUUGACUUUGAUAAUGCUGGUACUAUGGAGGAUCUCAAUGGAGGGAGAUGCCCGUGGGCGUGUUCCUGCCAGGGACAGGAGCUUGACUGCGCGGAGAGAGGACUUACUCAGGUGCCGGGGGAUUUGACUGUGCUCGCCGAAAAACUAAAUCUCGAGGGCAACAACAUCUCCGUAAUCUUCAAAACAGAUUUCGAGGACAUGGCGACACUUCAUCUUCUUCAGUUGUCAAACAAUCAGAUCCACACGAUCGAGCGGGGUGCAUUCAAGGAUCUCGUGGCGGUAGAGAAGCUAAAGCUCAACAACAAUCAGAUUCGAUACCUGCCAGACACCCUCUUCACCAACAUGAUGAAUCUACGGAAAUUAGAUUUAAGUCACAAUCAAAUUGCAAUGGUGGGACCGAAGACACUUCGUGGAGUCUCAGCAUUGAAACACCUAUUACUUGACAAUAAUGUUUUGACAUGUAUCGACGAGGGGGCAAUCAGAGAACUAAAGGAUUUAGAAAUUUUAACUUUGAACAACAAUAAACUGACUACCCUUGGUAAGGAGAUGCUCUUCGGUUUAUCUCGUUUACGUACACUCAAACUAACUGACAACUUUCUGGCCUGUGACUGUCACCUUGCCUGGUUGUCGAGGCACCUCAAGAGCAUGCCACGACUUGGCCAGCAUACCAAAUGUGCCUCACCGGCUCACCUCAAAGGACAAGAGCUUGCCAAUUUACAGGAGCACGAAUUCAAGUGUUCAGGCCUUGUUGAACUCCGCUCUGGUUCAGAGUGCACUGCUGAGCCGCAAUGCCCUCACCCGUGCAGAUGCGCCAGUGGAAUAGUUCAUUGUCGAUCGACUUCCUUGGAGAAAGUGCCUACACACUUGCCCGAGGACACAAUUGAAUUACGGUUGGAGCAAAAUUCAAUCACUGAAAUACCACCGAAGGCAUUUUCUCCCUACAGGAAAUUAGUGAGAAUUGAUUUGAGCAACAACAAAAUUAAAAAAGUUGCAGCAGACGCAUUCCACGGACUGAAAUCGCUUGAAUCUCUUGUUCUCUACGGAAAUAAAAUCACCAAGCUACCCGCCGGCAUAUUCCAGGGAUUAACUAGUUUGCAGUUGCUUCUGCUGAAUGCUAACGAUAUAUCCUGCAUACGAACUGAUCUGUUUCGUGAUCUGACUAGUCUGACGCUAUUGUCGUUAUAUGACAACAAUAUUAAGUCACUUGCUAAUGGAACUUUCAGUAAUUUACGGAGUAUCAGAACAUUACAUUUAGCGAAAAAUCCAUUCAUCUGUGACUGCAACUUGCGCUGGCUGUCCCUCUAUCUCCACGAACAUCCAAUCGAGACAUCGGGAGCAAAAUGUGAAUCACCAAAACGCACUGCCAAACGGAAGAUUGACGUGAUGCGGGAUGAAAAGUUCAAAUGUAAGGGUGAUGAAAAAUUACUUACCAAGAGGGCUGGUGAAUGCAUUCUGCCGGGUGCGUGUCCCUCCCCGUGCACUUGUAAUGGAGCUACUGUUGACUGUUCGGACAAGAAACUUACUUCGAUACCUAAGGAACUGCCUGUUUAUACGUCAACGUUAUUGCUCGGGAACAACGAAAUCGAUAAAAUAAAAGCAGACGAUCUCUUCGAGCGAUUACCCGAUCUUCAACACCUCGAUCUACGCCGAAACAAAAUCACCAGAAUCGAAGCAUCCGCCUUCAAGGGUGGACACAAGCUUACUGAACUUCUUCUAUCGGAUAACAAACUCAGGGAGGUGCACAAUAAAAUGUUCACCGGCCUGACAAAUUUGAUAACACUUAACCUGACGGGAAAUGCAAUCACCUGUGUAAUGCCUGGAUCUUUCGAGGGGCUCGCCCACAUUCGCAACAUUGACAUGCAGGGAAAUCCGCUAUCAUGCAACUGUUAUCUUGCUUGGUUCGCUGAGUGGCUCAGGACUCGUGAUAUGCCAGGCACCAUAGGGAGAUGCCACGAUCCACCAAGACUGAAGGACGCCCAUGUCAAAGACAUUCCGAGGCACGAGUUCAAGUGCAACAGUGAUAGCGUUGGCUGUCUCGGAGAUGAUUAUUGCCCACCGAGGUGUCACUGCGCUGGCUCGGUUGUCAGUUGCUCAAGAUCCCAUCUCACUGAAAUACCUCGAGGUAUACCCCCAGAGACCACUGAGCUGUAUCUAGACGUCAAUGAUAUAAAAACAAUUCAACCCGAGAGACUUAGCCACCUGAGAAUGCUCACUAGAUUGGAUCUGAGUAAUAAUCAGAUUGGAAUGCUUGCCAACGAUACGUUUAGGAAUUUAACAAAAUUAUCGCACUUAAUAAUCAGUUACAAUAAACUGCAAUGUGUUCAGCGAAACGCCUUAUCAGGAUUAAAAUCGUUAAGGAUAAUUUCCCUCCACGGAAAUGACAUUUCGGUGAUUCCGGAAGGGACGUUCGAUGAAUUAGAGUCGAUAACACACCUAGCUUUAGGGUCGAAUCCACUCUAUUGCGACUGUCACAUGCGGUGGCUGGCAGAGUGGGUGAAGAAAGACCAGGACGUUGAGCCUGGCAUUGCCCGGUGUAUGGAGCCGCCUGCCAUGAAGGAAAAAUUAUUACUCACGGCCCCUGCUAGCGCCUUUCUAUGCAAAACCAAACAACAGCCUGCCGAGGUCUUGGCAAAGUGCGAUGUGUGCUACACAUACCCAUGCCAGAACGGAGGAUUAUGUGAGACAUUACCGGACAGGAAGUUCAAUUGCAAGUGCACGCCAGGAUAUCACGGGGACAGGUGUCAACAUAAAAUUGACGCGUGCUAUGGAAAUCCUUGCAGGAACGCCGGAACUUGCAAAGUACUGGAGGAAGGAAGAUUCAGUUGCGACUGCGCCCCCGGUUACGAGGGUCUCCGAUGUGAAAACAAUGUCAACGACUGUCAGAACAACAAGUGCGCAAACAACGCAACCUGUGUGGACCUCGUACAGGCCUACAGAUGCGACUGUACACCGGGAUACAUGGGAGAAUACUGCCAGGAGAAAAUACCCUUUUGCUCAAAAGGACAUGAUCCAUGUGAGAACGGAGGACGGUGCGUCGACCACAGGACCCACUACAGCUGCGAGUGCCCGAUCGGCUUCACAGGACUUAAUUGUUCCACAAACUUGGAUGACUGUAUUGAUCAUCUGUGCCAGAACGGUGCUACUUGCAUCGAUGGCAUAAACAAUUACGAAUGUAAAUGCCCGGCGGAUUAUACAGGAAGAUACUGCGAGGCAGCGCCAUCGACAGCCAUGCUCUACCCACAAACAAGUCCAUGUGCACAUCAUGAUUGCCAGCAUGGCGCUUGCUUCCAGCCUUCCUCUGAUUCCGCCGCGGGUUAUCUCUGCCAGUGCCAUCCCGGUUAUACUGGAAAACGAUGCGAGUACCUGACGAGCCUGAGCUUCGUGGAUAACAGCUCGCUGGUCGAGCUUGAGCCGCUUCGUACGAAGCCCGAGGCUAAUGUGACCAUCGUCUUCACAACCACCCACGAAAAUGGUGUUAUACUGUACAAUGGAGUGGACCAGAGUGGUGAACACAUUGCAAUCGAACUGUUCAAUGGUCGUGUACGUGUUUCUUAUGACGUCGGAAAUUAUCCAACCUCAACGAUGUACAGCUACGAGAUGGUAUCAGAUGGCAAGCCGCACAUGGCUGAACUCAUUGCCGUUAAGAAGAACUUUACGUUGAGGGUGGAUAGGGGACCUGCCAGGAGUAUUAUUAAUGAGGGCACCAGGGAGUACUUGAAGCUCAAUUCACCCAUGUUUGUUGGUGGCAUCACGUCUGAUGUUGCCAGUGUUGCGUUCUCACAAUUUCAUUUGAGAAAUGUCACCAGCUUCCAAGGAUGCGUUUCGGGAAUGUGGAUAAAUCACAAAAUGGUGGACUUCAGCAAUGCAGCAAAAAUGCACCGAGUGACUCCAGGAUGUGCCGCCAACGACGAAGAGGCUGACGAGGCUGAAAAAGAACCUGCAACACCAUUGCCAAUCAAAGAGGACAACCUUGACGAUUCUCUCCAACACGAACACGUUGUGCAUGAUCAUUCUGAAAUUGUGGCACUACCCGGCGCGAGUGUUGCCGAUCCCUGUACGGGACACGAGUGUCGUAAAGGAUCUCAAUGUGUUCCAGCACCCUUUGGCAACGGAUACACAUGCCGAUGUCAAAUUGGAUGGCAGGGGAGAUACUGUGAGAAAGCGCCAACAUGCAGAAAGGAGCAUACACGAGAGUAUUAUAGCGAGAACGGCUGUCGUAGUCGACGACCAGUGAAAUUGGCUAAAUGUUGGGGCAGCUGUGGCAAUUCUUGUUGCCUGCCGCGCAAAACUAAACGUCGCAAGGUUCGUCUAAUUUGCAAUGAUGGCAGACGGUAUACGAAGGAUGUGGAUUUAAUUCGCAAGUGCACCUGCACUCGCAAAUGCUACUAAAUAUCCAAAAAAGAAGAAGAUACAGCCGCACAACUGCCCGACUCUCAACUGCCUACACCCGGCAAUUCAGCUGAUGUCAACGAAAACACCGAGUAAAAACCCCAUUUUAUGAAUUUAUACGUCAAAAAGAAACGAAGAAUAACUGCUAAUUAAUUGAGUGAGUGGACGCAGUGCGGGCGAAAAAUGAUGGACACACACAGCCGGCUCAGUGUGAUAUGUAUUAUUAAGUAAUGAUAACUAAACAUAGCGAUAAAUAAUCGGUAUUCGAGCAUCUAUAUGCAUAUUGGAAUAUUUGUAUGAGAUAAAAAAAAAUUCUAGGAUUAAAAUUGUAAAUUCGUGGGUAUCCAUAUUCUUUUCUAAUGCAGGCAUGGGUACGAGCGAUUUUAGUACGAUGAGAAUGCUCUUCGAUAGAGUGCAUAACUUUGUAACGAUGGAACGAUGAAUCCUGAAAAGUCACGUCGAAGUUAAUUGUUAUUAUAUAAUUUCUGUAGUGAAGUAAUGGAAACAGGUGAGUCAAGAAAAAUAGAGAUUAUUCAGUGAAUAGAUGUAAAACUCCUGAAUUCCACUUUUCAGUAUAACAUUUUAUAUUUCAAAUUUAUUUAAGCUAUUUUAUACAUCAGUAUGAAUUCUGGCUCGUUGAUAUUCAGUACUUUACUACUGAUUUUAAUUAGUGUUCACCUGUUGUUUUGGACACAUUUGAGCGCUUUAUGUGUAAAAUAAUCACUUGAUUCAUUAAAUAAGUGACAUCGCUCUCCUGCCUUGGAAUUGAAAACGUAAGGUGCGAUGAUGCGAAAUGUAUUUUCAGGCAGUGAAUGGCUGGGGAAAUUAAUUAAUCAUCAAAAGUUGAGAAGAAUGAAAGGAAAAUGAAAUAAGUACGUAUAAUGUUUUUGCUUUUUUCGUUGAAGUAAUUCGGGAGCAGAAUGUCAAAAAUACUUUCCAAGGAUAAUUCUCGUCGAUAAAAAGACUCGUUUAUAGUCUUACACGACUCAUUCCUCAAAUCGCUUAAUGAGUAGAAGAUAAAUAUUCAACUUGAAAUACUUUCCCCCUCAUUGAUUAAAAUUAAUGUGAAUCGUUUUUUCAUAACAAUUUCGUUUUUCUCAUCGAAUCCCAUCAACCCAGCACAGACUGCUCAUAUUUAUCCCUUAUUUAUUCACCAUCGACGAUGGUUUUUUUAAUAAUUCUAAAAAUGGAAAAAAAAUGAAAAAAAAACUAUUUACCCAUAAAUUAUAUUUUUCUUUAGCAAAAAUCGUGUUUAAAAUUCUCUCUUUUUUAUAUAUAAAUAAAAAUGAAAUAAAAAAAUUGAUACAUCUAUUUACUUAAAAAAAAACUAAAAAAAAUAUUGAAAGUAAAUUAAACAAAAGUUGUAUCUAAAUACGCCUAAGUUAAUUGUUUUAAUUUACAGAGAGACCGAACAGAACGCAACAAUAGAUGUAUUAUAGAUAUAAUUUAUUAAGUUCCUUUUUUACUGUACAAUGUUUUUUUCAUGGUAUUAAUAGUCUAAGAUGCUCUACAAUCAGUUAUUACGUUGUACUGUGAGUUUUGACAACUACUGACAUUUUAAUUUUAAUUAAUCAAUUAAAUUAUCUUCACACAGCUGGCUACACGAAAAUCAUACUACAUUAUUCGUAAAGAGUUAAGGCUACUGUCACUUCUGUCAUUUACAACAACAAAAAAAAAACGAUUCUGACCAAUUAAAGAAAAACAGUGAGACAUUGACGGUAAACGUAUCUAAUAAAUUAAUUGAAUUAAUUAACGGAGAGAGGGAAGGAGGCGAAACAAUGAUAGAUACGUCUUUGUGGACAAUAAUACUAACGGAACUGGGAAUAGGUGUCUAAGUUAACGGAUGAACAAAAUAAUGAACGAAAUGGAUAAAGCCAUCGAGGAUUGUGCUUCCUUCGGACUCCUACGUAACUAGAAUUACUUAUUCGCAAUCGAAUUUCACGAUAAGUGUUUCAUUUUUGUAUAAAAGAGGGAGAAAUCUGUGAGAAAAGAGCGACAGAAGACGAGUUGAAAAAUAAAUUGAAAUAGUUGAAUAACGUUGAGAAGCGGAAAUUGACAGAAGAAAUGUUGAAUUACUUUUUGAAGAGGAAACAGAUGUCGCUCAACAUUUUCUGUGAAAUACAACAAUUCCAGAUAUAUGAUCGAAACAAUCUGCAGAAUUUCAUUUUGUUCAUCUUUUUUCGCUCCUUUAUCACGGGGAAAAACACUCGCUGAUAAGGAAUUUUAUAUCCGCUAUGUAAUUUCAUUCUCAGAAAAAUAAGACAAAAGAUAAAUGAAGUUUACGAGAGUCAGUAAGAAUUAUAGAAGAACUAAUCUGAUGACAAUGGCAUAAGAGUUAGAGGUACGAGUGAACGAUUGCGCAAAUGUAGGGGGUGAUAAAACAAUUGAAAGUGAAUGAAAGUAUGGAGUUUCAAUGGUUUUACUCAAGAACAUCCGAUGGUACUACACAUGGAGAAAUAAAAAUGAUACGAAAUACCAGUGAAAGAGCAAUGAAAAACAAAACAGGAAAUAUGUGUAAUUGAAUCACAACGCACGUUUUACCAAAUAAACAAUGGAAUACUGCAUGCAUAGGAAUUUACCCAAUAGUAAUCCUACGAUUUAAGAAUAAAAAAAAACUAGGUAAAAAAUUAGCGUUAAUAAUAAAAUUAACAAAAAUAAAAACGAAAUGUCUAUGUUUAUAUAAUGUAACAAAAUUCUCGAAAAUAUGAAACGCUAUUAAAAAUAAAUGGAUGUGAAGUUUA